GGGCCGCUGGGCCCUUUGUUUUCCUCGGGGGCCCGGGUCGGGCAGAGGCCCGCAGAGCGCAUGCUCUGGGGCAGUCCGCGGCCCCGCGGCGCGCCGAGGAGUUCCCGGAGCGGCCGGCGCCGAGGACAGGAAGAUGCCACCCAAGCGAGUGGCUAAGAAAAGGUCACCCCCAGAAGAUGCUCUCCCCAAAAGCAAGAAAGUGAAGGACCCUCGUAACCAGGCAGUGAGGGCCGUUGCUUCCCACCGUGUUCCAGGCGCCCACCACACCCGAGGGGCCUGCAGGCCGAGCCCUGCCAACCAGAAAACCCGACCAGUCUCACAUAGGUCCCACCGCACAGAGCCGGGCUUGGUGCUGACACUGGGCCAGGGUGAUGUGGGCCAGCUGGGGCUGGGCGAGAAUGUGAUGGAGAGGAAGAAGCCAGCUGUAGUAACCAUUCCGGAAGACAUUGUUCAGGCUGAGGCUGGGGGCAUGCACACCGUGUGCCUAAGCAAAAGUGGCCAGGUCUACUCCUUUGGCUGCAACGAUGAGGGUGCUCUGGGAAGGGACACAUCAGUGGAGGGCUCUGAGAUGGUGCCUGGGAAAGUGGAACUGCAAGAGAAAGUGGUGCAAGUGUCCGCAGGAGACAGUCACACAGCAGCGCUCACCGAGGACGGCCGAGUCUUCCUUUGGGGCUCCUUCCGGGACAAUAAUGGUGUGAUUGGGCUCCUGGAGCCCAUGAAGAAGAGCAUGGUGCCUGUGCAAGUGCAGCUGAGUGAGCCUGUGGUGAAGGUGGCCUCGGGAAAUGACCACUUGGUGAUGCUGACACUUGAUGGUGACCUCUACACUUUGGGCUGCGGGGAGCAGGGUCAGCUGGGCCGUGUCCCUGAAUUAUUUGCCAAUCGUGGUGGCCGGCAGGGCCUUGAACGACUCCUGGUCCCCAAGUGUGUGCUGUUGAAAUCCAGGGGGACCCGGGGCCAUGUGAAAUUCCAGGAUGCCUUCUGUGGCGCCUACUUCACCUUUGCCAUCUCCGUCGAGGGCCAUGUGUAUGGCUUUGGCCUUUCAAACUACCACCAACUUGGAACCUCAGGCACAGAGUCUUGCUUUGUACCCCAGAACCUGACCUCCUUCAAGAACUCUACCAAGUCCUGGGUGGGCUUCUCUGGUGGCCAACACCACACAGUCUGCAUGGAUUCGGAAGGAAAAGCCUACAGCCUGGGCCGGGCUGAGUAUGGGAGGCUGGGCCUCGGAGAGGGUGCUGAGGAGAAGAGCAUGCCCACCCUCAUCUCCAGGCUGCCCUCUGUCUCCUCCGUGGCUUGUGGGGCCUCUGUGGGCUAUGCCGUGACCAAGGAUGGUCGUGUGUUUGCCUGGGGCAUGGGCACCAACUACCAGCUGGGCACGGGACAGGAGGAGGAUGCCUGGAUUCCCGUGGAGAUGACAGGCAAACAGCUGGAGAACCGCCUGGUUCUAUCUGUGUCCAGCGGGGGCCAGCACACAGUCUUACUAGUCAGGGACAAGGAACAGAGCUGAUGAAGCUUCUAGGGCCUGGCUCCCGGCCCCGCCCCCUCCCUUCUGGAACACAGAAGCUGUGAUGACUCAGACUCCAACUGGCCUUUCCCAACCCCAAGUACUUUGUCAUCAUCACCUGCCUUUUUUUCCAUCCACAGAACAGAAUCACUUUCCUCUUUUUUCCCCUCCUUUCCGGAAUCAUCCUGUAACCUACAGGAUGAAGAGGGCGGGAUGGAAGAGGGGAGUGGAUUGUGUUGGACUGUUGCUCAUCCCAGAACUAUGCGAUUAGACCUUCCCCUGAUCCCUACCUCCCAUGGUCCUGGCUGACCUUGGUUUUGUCUACAACCAACCACACCUUCCUCCCCUGGGGGUUGGUUUCCUACACCCUGAGAAGUUGGGGCUCCAUCGAGCCCUACUCUAGUCAUGUGCCACUCUUAAUGUCGUUCACAAUCCACAGGCAGACAGAUGGCACAGUUGUCGGACCCAGCUGUCAUGCACCUAUGCCUGGGGGAACUGGGAAAGGGGCAGGGCUACUGGCUGUGGGCAAGCCCAAGCCAAAUACUUGGCCCUGAACAGGUAUCCAAGGGGCAAAUAAAUAGUGAUCCUCCACUUGAUCAAGAAAAAGGCCAAUCAGCUUUCUCCCAGAAGCACAAAGCAUUGUCCUGCACUGCCCUUGCAGCCUGCCGCACCGGCCUGAAAUCUGGACAGGAAGUGAGCAGGGGCGAAGGGGGUUUUAUAAAUAUGGAGAGUGAAGGGAGGGCCGGGGGGAGGGUUGGGUGGGCAGAGACUGGUUUCCAGAAAGGGAAGCAGAAGCGUGUACCGUGUCUGAGAAAACAGCAAGCAGGUGGUGUUUUUUUUAAUGUAAAGUAUUUUAGAAGAGAGUGAAGUCUUUUAACAUUUUGAAUAAAUUUAGAGUUUUAUAAAACAGGCCACUUGUUUUCUACACAUUCCCUGCUUUUUUAAGGGAACAUCUGUGUUGGGAAGGACAGGAUAGACCCGCACCUGUGGACUCUGUCAAGACUAGGACUUCAGGUGAAGUCAGGGUGUCCUGAUGUGUGCCUGUCAGCUGUGACUUCCAUGCAAAUCAAAAAAGAUUUUAUUUUUGCCUAGGUAUUUAUGUUUCAGGAAUCACUGUAUUUAAAAAAAAAAAAAUUAUGCUGCAUAAUAUGGGAGACAUGGAAUGGUUCUUUCAACAUCCUAAUCCCAAAUCAAGAUGGUACAUCUCUAGAAAUACUUUUACUAAGCUUGCUGUUGUAUCUUUUUCAACAGCUGAUAUAAUUGAUAAAACAUAAUUAACUGCACAGUAACUCGUAAGACAACUUACUCAUAUUGAUGUAGAUUUUCAUAGGCAUUUGAGCAAACAAAAUCAUAGAGCUGGCCCAUCUAAUAGGAUGGUCACUAGCUACAUGUGGCAUUUUACAUUUAAAUCAAUUAAAACGUAAAAAAAAAUUAAUUCCUUUUUUGCACUAGCCACAUCUCAAGUCCUCCAUAAUUAGGUGUAGUUAGUGCCUAUGGUAUUGGGCUAUAGGACGUUUCUAUAAUUGCAGAAGGCUACAGUGGACACUGUUGAUACAGCAGGUCUGUAUAUGUAUAACAAAGUUUUAUUAGGGCCAGGAGGAUUUUCCUUGGAUGUCAGUGACUCUUGGAAAAAUGAAUAUGAUGUAAAAUAAC